AAGCAGACGCGCCGGACGGCUCUGCUGUCACUCCUACCCGAGGUGAAGAUGGAGCCGAAGGACCAAACUCCUCAUACAGAGUCGCUGCAGCCGCCGGCCCACCCUUCUUUUCCAUCUGUUGGGCGCAGAAGUUUGAGGCAUGAUGACGAGGCUGUGGUGGACAGGGGGGGGACUCGUUCCCAGGUGAAAACCAACUUUGAGCAGGAAGAUCUUGAAGGCCACAGGACCCUCUACAUUGGGGUUCACGUCCCCUUGGGCAGCACCAGACACCGCAGCCAUCGCAGGCAUCGCCAUCAUGGACACAAACACAGGAGGAGGAGCAGGGAUCGAGACUUUGCCUUGGCGGAGGGCAGAGAGUCUCCUGUUUAUGUUCCCUGUGUGCUUGCAGACACUCCCUCACAGAGAGUGCAGUUCCUGCUGGGCUGCGAGGAUGACGAUGAAGAACACAUUCCUCAUGACCUUUUCACCGAGAUGGAUGAGAUCUUCCUGAAAGAUGGAGAAGAUUCUGACUGGAGGGAAAGCGCCAGGUGGCUGAAGUUUGAAGAGGACGUGGAAGAUGGAGGGGAGCGGUGGAGUAAACCCUAUGUCGCCACCCUCUCUCUGCACAGCCUGUUUGAGCUGCGCAGCUGCAUUAUCAAUAGCACUGUGCUGUUGGACAUGAGGGCCAAUACCCUUGAAGAGAUUGCAGACAUGGUCUUAGACCACCAGGAGCUGUACUCUCCUCUAGGGGAUGAACUCAGGAAGAAAGUGCAUGAAACACUGCUGAAGCAGCACCAUCACCAGAACCAGAAGAAGCUGGCUAACCGCUUGCCGAUCGUACGCUCCUUUGCUGACAUGGGACGACGCGCCUCUGAGCUCCACCUGGACAAGAAUGGUCAGCUGAUGUCCUCCCAGUCUCAUUUAGCGGGGCCGGACGGAAAAGCGGAUGUCAGUAGAGAAAACAGUGCUGUGGACUUCAGCAAGAUAGACCUUCAUUUCAUGAAGAAGAUCCCACCAGGGGCCGAGGCUUGUAACGUGCUGGUGGGAGAGCUCGAGUUUCUAAACAAGCCGGUGGUGGCAUUUGUCCGUCUCUCCCCGGCGGUCCUGCUCAAUGGGCUGACUGAGGUCCCCAUCUCCACAAGGUUCUUGUUCAUCAUCCUCGGCCCCAUGGGAAAAGGGCCCCAGUAUCAUGAGAUUGGACGGUCCAUUGGAACACUAAUGACAGAUGAGGUUUUCCAUGAUGUUGCCUACAAAGCUAAAGACCGUAAUGAUCUAAUUGCUGGGAUUGACGAGUUCCUUGACCAAGUGACCGUCCUGCCUCCAGGGGAAUGGGACCCAUCCAUAAGAAUAGAGCCACCAAAAAAUGUACCUUCUCAGGAGAAGAGAAAGAAAAGUAGCGGUUUACCUAAUGGAAUAGCAGAGGUUGGAGACGAAGAGGAGCACGAUGGCCAUGGAGGUCCAGAACUGCAGCGCACUGGAAGGCUGUUUGGGGGUUUCUUUCUGGACAUAAAGCGCAAGGCACCUCACUACAUAUCUGACUACACUGACGGCUUUAGUUUGCAGUGUCUGGCCUCUUUCCUGUUCCUCUACUGCGCCUGCAUGUCCCCUGUCAUUACCUUUGGAGGACUACUGGGCGAAGCAACAGAAGGGCGCAUAAGUGCAAUUGAGUCGCUGUUUGGAGCCUCAAUGACAGGAAUAGCAUAUUCCCUGUUUGCCGGCCAGCCCCUCACCAUUCUGGGCAGCACAGGGCCGGUGCUUGUAUUUGAAAAGAUAUUAUUCAAAUUCUGCAAGGAGUAUGGCUUGUCAUAUCUCUCACUGAGAGCCUGUAUUGGCUUGUGGACUGGCCUCCUUUGCAUUACACUGGUGGCCACAGAUGCCAGUUCCCUGGUUUGUUAUAUCACACGCUUUACAGAGGAGGCCUUUGCCUCACUCAUCUGCAUCAUCUUCAUUUAUGAGGCCUUGGAGAAACUUAUGCACCUGGGGGAACACUUUCCCUUUAACAAGAAAAACAACCUGGAGAAACUCACCCUUUACUCAUGUUCGUGUGUUGAGCCUUCUGACCCCAGCAAUAGCACCCUGAAGUACUGGGAGACCAACAACAUCACUGCCUCAGAGAUCUACUGGGAGGCACUGGAGGUCAAGGCUUGUAUUGAAAAGCAAGGGGAGUUCGUGGGCAGCGCAUGCGGCCCUCAUGGACCCUACGUUCCUGAUGUUCUCUUCUGGUGUGUAAUCCUCUUCUUCUCAACUGUCUUCAUGUCUGCGUUCCUCAAGGAGUUCAAGUUCAGCAGCUACUUUCCUACAAAGGUGAGAUCCAUUAUCAGCGACUUUGCUGUUUUCAUUACCAUCUUUACCAUGGUCAUGAUUGACUAUGCCUUAGGGAUUCCAUCUCCAAAACUAAAGGUUCCCAGUGUGUUUAAGCCAACCAGAGAUGAUCGUGGGUGGUUCAUCAGCCCAGUGGGCACGAACCCCUGGUGGACAGUGGUCAUAUCGGUCGUCCCAGCUCUACUUUGUACCAUCCUCAUUUUCAUGGACCAGCAGAUCACUGCAGUCAUAAUCAACAGGAAGGAACACAAACUUAAGAAAGGUUGUGGUUACCACCUGGAUCUGUUCAUGGUGGGAUUGAUGCUUGGUGUGUGCUCUUUGAUGGGCCUGCCAUGGUUUGUAGCAGCGACCGUCCUCUCUAUCUCCCACGUCAACAGCUUGAAGCUUGAGUCAGAGUGCUCAGCUCCUGGUGAGCAGCCCAAGUUCCUUGGCAUCAGAGAGCAGCGCUUUACUGGCCUCAUGAUCUUCACCCUCAUGGGCUGCUCCGUCUUCAUGACAUCUGUGCUUAAGUUUAUUCCCAUGCCUGUGUUGUAUGGAGUAUUCCUUUAUAUGGGAGCAUCGUCUCUGAGGGGUAUACAGUUCUUUGACCGCCUGAAGCUGUUUGGUAUGCCAGCCAAGCACCAGCCAGACCUCAUCUACCUGCGUCAUGUGCCGCUGAGGAAGGUCCACCUCUUCACCAUCAUCCAGCUCAGCUGUUUGGUCAUGCUCUGGGUCAUCAAGACAUCCAGAGCUGCCAUUGUCUUUCCCAUGAUGGUGUUGGCGCUGGUGUUUAUUAGGAAGUUAAUGGACUGUAUCUUCACCAAGAGAGAGUUGAGCUGGCUCGAUGACCUCAUGCCAGAGAGCAAGAAAAAAACGCUUGAGGAUUCUGCUGAAGAGGAAGAGGAGCAGAGCAUGCUAGCAGAGGAUGAGAGAGCAGUGCCAUUAGAAGGGUACAAAGGUGUGACACCCAUCAUCAACAUCACAGAUGAAAUGUCCAAAGGUUCUUUUGGGAAUACCUGGAAUUCCAACUUUUAAGACUAAAACUUCAGCAAGAAACAAGACCUCAGAAAUCACGCACUGAAGUACAAGAUGAGAAGCAGGAGGCGAAGAGGAUGGAGGGCAAUAUGGACCGGGUAGUCAGUUUUUGUCUUUUCAUUGUGUUAUAUAUAAAAAAAAUAAUAACAAUAUCGUGUGCUGCAAUCAAUCAACCCCUUUGACUUUAGCCCUGUAAAUGUAUGUGCAUUAAACAUUAACCGUAUUUAUUUGAUGUGUCUGAAAUACUCUGCCUCCUCAUGAACCAAUGCAACCUGUGAUACUUUUUGUUUUUGUUUUUUUGUAAUAUUCUUGUGUUGUUAGCAUUUAAUUGUAACAGAAAAUUCUGACAAAGCAUUGUUUCACUGAAUGUGACCUAAAAGAAUGUCAAGGGAUGAGCGGCUGGAAAUGCAAAGAAAAUAUUUUCAAAGUAUUUUUUUGUGUUGAAUCUGUUUGUAUGUAUUUUGUAUAUUUUGUAUUUUGAAAGCUCAUUUUAUCAGUAUCAACCUGGGUUCAUUACCUAUUUAUAAAACAUCUGUUUCAAUAGCGUUGCUCAGUAUUGCUGGUAAUGACUAUAGGUAUUCCUUGUUGUAUUGAUUAGCUUGUAUAGGAGUCAGCACAAAGUCAUGUCAGUGAUGCGGGUAGAAAACUCUUUAUGUUUGCAAUUAUCAUUCAUUUAUUCAGUGUUGCUACCAUAUUUAAUGCUUUAUUUAAUCUUAAGCAAUGUGUAAACUUUGAUUAUAGCUUGUAAUUAAAUAAGAUGUCAAAUACAUGUACAGUAAUAAAAGCUUUAGUUCACUCUUGGCCGUAACAGACGUUGGACCAGCCAAGAGGGUUAUAUUGUUGAAAAUGAAGACUUAAAACCUGUGCAAAUUCUCUUAUCUGUAAAAUGAAUAUUUCUGACAGUAUGUUUUGAGAGGGGAUCAUUUUGCAUUUCAUUUAAAAGAAAGUGGAAAGGAAAGUGUUUCCUAAGGGCAAUAUGCAUCACUUAAGAACCAAAUGCAAUAGCACUUUUUUACAGAAAUGGCAAUAGCAUAUUUAUAGAAAAUAUUUAGCUAUGUUUACUUUGAAGGAUAAAACCUAUACGACAUGUUCCUCAUAUUUUAUUUGCUACAGGAUGCCUUGUAGCCUAAGAGAUAUUAUAAUUUGCUGCUUGAUGUCUGUGUGUCGCCUGUAAAGUUAAAUUUUAAUUUUAAUGGUCUCAUAUUUAUUAAUGUUUGUAUGAAGUUUAGUGACACAGAAAUAUUUAAUAAGCUCCAUGAUAAAGACUUUUCACCAAAAUUGACAGUUUGUAUUCCUGUUGUUGUUACUGAUCUUUGAGAUGUGCAAUAGACAAUAUUAUAGUUGAGGUUUAAAAACAGAGGAAGAGCCAUGGGGUUUCAAACAUCCUGCUGAAAAUCCUUAAAUACAACUUUAUGAAAUAUGCAUACCUUGUUAAUGUGAAUUUACCUUAAUAAAUUUCUAUAAGCA